AUGGAUCAAAGGUUUUCAAGCUGUCGUGGUGUUUCCUUUGAGAUCCAACCCCAUAAGGAUCCAUUCGCUAUUGAUGCACCUCGAGCUAGUCGACGAGUUUGGCUUCCAUGGGGAUCUUCAAAAAGAAUCGUACCAACUUCUGGUUCCAACAUUAUUUCCAGGUCCACCAGUCGAGCCAGUAGCCAUUUCUGCGACUUAGAGACUGAUGAUGAAGAUGAUGACAACGUACUGAUCAACAUAGAAGAAGGCUACGAAUUAGAAGACAACAACAAGUUGCCUUUAACAUUUCCAGUUCCAGAACUCCCCCAAGCUCCGAGCAAAAAGAUUGUUUCCAAGCCAACAAAACAGAACGAGUCGAGAUUGUCUGUCAUCUUGCUCGAUCAAGGCUUGUUUACGGUUUAUAAGAGACUCUUUAUGGUUUGUUUGACUCUGAACAUUACAGGGUUAGUUCUUGCAGCUAUGGGUCGUUUUCCAUACGCAAGAAACCAUGCCACUCUUUUCUCAAUCGGAAACCUUUUGGCUCUAACACUAUGUCGAAGUGAAGCCUUCUUACGCAUUGUCUUCUGGCUUGCUGUCAACCUCUUCGGCCAUUCUUGGGUGCCUCUACGUCUCAAAACGGCUACCACCUCUUUACUUCAAUCUUUAGGUGGGAUACAUAGUAGUUGUGGGGUUUCAUCCGUCGCUUGGCUUACCUAUUCUUUAGUUCUUACUCUGAAAGACAGAGACAACACUUCGAACGCGAUAAUUGGGGUGGCUUCAGCAAUUCUUUCCCUGCUUUGUCUGUGUUGUCUGGCGGCGUUCCCUCUCAUCCGCCACCUCCAUCAUAAUGUGUUUGAAAGAACUCACAGGUUCACGGGUUGGGCUUCCUUGAUUCUCCUCUGGGCAUUUAUCUUGCUCACAAAAACUUAUGAACCUGAGACCAGAUCUUACAGGAAAGAUGUAGGAUCAAGAUUGGUUAAAGAACAAGAAUUCUGGUUAACCUUGAUCAUAACCAUACUAAUCAUCAUCCCAUGGGUGACUGUGAGGCGGGUUGCCGUCAAAGUCUCAGCCCCAUCAGGCCAUGCGUCGAUCAUUAAGUUCACCGGAGGAGUAAAGCCGGGGAUAUUAGGUCGGAUUAGUCCUUCCCCCAUGUCGGAAUGGCACGCUUUUGGAAUCAUUUCUGAUGGGAAAGAAGAGCACAUGAUGCUAGCUGGUGCAGUGGGUGAUUUCACGAAAUCCCUGGUCUCAAACCCUCCAAGCCACUUAUGGGUCCGACAAGUCCAUUUUGCUGGUCUGCCUUACCUAGUUAACAUGUACAACCGUGUCUUGGUGGUGGCAACAGGUUCUGGGAUUUGCGUGUUUCUUUCGUUCUUGUUACAACAAGGUCCAGCGGAUGUGUGCUUGUUAUGGGUAGCAAAAGGGAUCGAACAAAACUUUGGCAAGGAAAUAAAGGAGUGGGUGAGUCGGCAUCCAAAAGAGAAGGUGAUUGUUCACGACACCUCCCUAAUGGGUCGACCGAAUGUGUCUGAGAUGAGUGUCACGGCGGCAAAGAAUUGGGGAGCGGAGGUGGUGAUCGUAACUAGUAAUCCUGAAGGGAGUAGGGAUGUGGUGAAUGCAUGCAAAAGUAAAGGGAUUCCUGCUUUUGAUAAUCCAAGGAAAAGCAGAAAGCACAACCAAAACAACCUUGCUUACGCACCCAGAGGUAUCAGAACUGGACACACAACCGAAGUGGUCAUGGAGAGAGCUGCUAUCCACCGGAACCUGAUUCCACCAAUUGUUGAUGCCAGCACGCACCUCAUGAUCGACUAA